GGGGAUCAGUGGGAGAGUGGACGGAUUAACGGCUACCUCCAAGGCGAUGGAACCAGAUAACAUGGGAAAUAGGCUGAGAUAGACAGGAGAGAGGUGAGCGGAAAGGAAAACAUCAAAGAAACAGAUGACAGAACAAGUUAAAAAGUGACAGGAAAGAAAGUGAGGAAAUUAAAGAAUUAAUCAACAAUCAAACAGAACUAAGAAGUGAGGAGCGAGCGCUGGUUUCUGCACCCGUCAUAACGUCUACCAUCACAGCUACCAUGUACAGUGGAUAUGGAGGGAGUCCGUCACGAACUCUGUCCACCAUGUCUCUGUCUGCCCGCCCGGCCCGACGCCUUACCUCCAGGUCCAUCACUAGGAGUCAGAGCUUCACUGGAGUCAACACCCAGGACAGACCUUACAGGAACCUCUCGGUGUUCAGCACUCCGGGUCUCAGCAGGAAGACGAGCAGAGCCAGUCGGAUUUUCACCAUGUCGGCCAAAUCCAACACACCACCCAAAGUUCCACAGCCUGAGAGGCUGGAUGAAGUCUUCAAGGCUCUGAAGAAAGGACUUCAGUCUUACCUGCAUGUUUAUCAGAUGGACUUGGACAACCUGAGUAGACAGAUAAAAGAAUCAAAGAGGAACUCAAGACUGGGUUUCCUGUAUGAGCUAGACAAGCAAGUGAAGGUGAUCGAGAGGUACAUCAGAAAACUGGAGUUUCACCUCAGCAAGAUCGAGGAGCUGUAUGAAGCCUACUGUCUGCAGAGGAGACUGAGAGACGGAGCCGACAAGAUGGUGAAGGCAUUCACCGCUUCUCUUGGAAGCAAGGAGGCCAGGGAGAGUUUGGCCGAGGCCAACAAAGGCUACAAGGAGUACACCGAGAACAUGUGUGUGUUGGAGAGUGAUCUGGAAACCCAUCUGGGAGAGUUCCACAUCAGAAUGAAAGGUCUGGCUGGAUUUGCCAGGUUGUGCGCUGGUGAUCAGUACGAGAUCUUCAUGAAGUACGGUCGGCAGCGGUGGAAGCUCCGGGGACGGAUGGAGAUAAACGCCAAACAGGUGUGGGACAGCGAGGAGAUGGUGUUCCUCCCACUCAUCAAUGAGUUCCUCUCUGUGAAGGUGACGGAGCUGAAGAGUUUAGCCAAUCACGUUGUUGUUGGAAAUGUUUCCUGUGAAACUAAGGACCUGUUUGCUGCUCUGCCUCAGACGGUUGCUGUGGACAUUAAUGAUCUUGGGACCAUUAAACUGAGCCUUGAAGUCACAUGGAAUCCUUUUGAUAAAGAAGAACCAGGUGCAAGCACAGUCAACAAAGCUUCCACCGUCAACAAAGCUCCAACCGUCAACAAGAGGUUGUCAACCAUCCUCAACCAGAGCCCACCUGACACACCAUCUUUACGGGAACAAGCCUUCUAUAACAUGCUCCAUCGCCGUCAACAGCUGGAAAACGGAACGGCGUGGUCCAACUCGUCCGAGUCCUCUGAUGACUCCUCCAGCCCUCAGCUGUCUGUUCAGGGCCUGCACAGCUCUCCACUUCAGACGGCUGUGGUGGCGACACCAGAGAAGGAGUCCAUGGUAAUGGGAAGUUCCUCCCCCCAGCCUGACAGAGGCUCUUCUUCCUCCUCCUCUCCGAACUCCAGUCACACAGUCUGUGGCACCUCAGAGGUUCCCAGCACCUUCAAACAUCCAGCCCAGAACAGGGAGGAGGAAAAGAGAGUGAUUCCUGUCGGUGAGGAUGAGGAGGAGAAUGCGGUGCUGACCCACAGCCAAGGGUCGGGUCAGUACUCGCGCUCUCUGAGCCACAUCAGUGAAAGCAGCACUGAUGGAGCUCUGCUGACGGAGCGCUCAACGUGCGAAGCAGGCGAGGUCAUGUCUUUGACCUCCGGGAUUUCCAUCACCGACAUCGAGAUGGAGAUGCCCAGCAGGAUUUCGGAGCCCCUCAGUCCUGCUGCCUCCCAUCCUGGCUCAUCACCACGGAGACUCGGUGCUGAGGAGAAAGACUCAUUAACUGAUCCAGUCAGGUGUCUACAGGAUCCAUCCAUGUCUGUCCACACAUACCCCUCACCCAGGACUGAGACAGACCCAAAAGGUCAGAUCAACCUCCAAUCAGUGGGUGGCCAACUGGACACAGAUGUGACGUAUGUCGCCCAGCGAGUGACGGUGGACGAGGACAUGUCAGGAGUGGGAGGAGAGGGCAAUGCUCUGGUGGACAGUGGUCUGGAGGAUGCUUUAGGAUCUGUCCUGUCCUCUAUGGAUGACUACAGAGGACAGUUUCCUGAGUUACAGCUCCUGGAACAAGAGUUGAGGCUGCUGCAGGUGAUGCUGAAGGGUGGCGGGCGUAGCCGCUCAUCCAGCGUGGUCAGCCUCACCGUAGAAACGGCUCUGGGCAGCUUUGACUUCCUGGACACGUCAGACUGGGAGGAGGAGGAGGAGGAGAAGAGUGAUAGGAGGAGGAGAAAUGGCAGGUCUCGAGCAGACAGGACCUGGGAUGACCCAACCUCACCCCCCCUGCCCCUCACUACCAGCUGUACCACUCUAGACCGCUCCCUGGUGGUCCACCUGAAGACCUGUAGUACACAGCUACUGCGUCUGGGCAUGUUCGGACCUCUGCGCUGUGGGGAGAUGUACGCCUUGGACACACUGCUGAGAGAGGCUCGCAUCUUUGAAAUCAUUCGCCGCGUCAUCAAGAACAACCCUCGCUGUGUCACACAACCUGCUGAAGUGAUCCCACAGCUGGGCCUCUGUCUGGGUGCUGUGUCACUAUGGCAACAGUGUAUGGGGCGGGGCAGUGUAUACUGUGUCUCUGCUGAGAAAUUCCUGAAUACGCUGUCUGCAGGCUACUCCAGCAUGCUGCGGGACAGGGCGGACACAGUGUUCCUGUGUCUGGCUGAGCGACUUCUGCAUCAGAAGUUACCACGGAGAGGAAGCAGCAGAGAAGAUGUGAUGGUGACGGUGUUCCAGCUGUGGAGUUACCUGGAGUCUAACGGCAUCAGUGACAUGGAUACACACAUCACUGAGCUGGCAGAAGAAGUGUGGUUGGUGCAGAGGCUGGCAUCACGUGACCAGGACGUGAUUGUGAACGCCCUGCGGCGUCCUGCAGAGUGCAGCCUGAGGAGAGAAGGACUCCAUGCUGUUGCCAAACUGCUGAAAGAUCCACGAGGAAAAGUGUCGGCCUCGGCCAGCUCGGUGCUGAGAGGCCUGGCUGCUCAACCACCACAUCGAGAGCAGGCUCUGGUCAGCUGUUUGGAGCUGCUGGAAGACGAGAACAUGGACACCAGAGUCUGUGGAUGCAAAGCUUUAGCGUGUCUGAAGGCCAAAGAAAGCAUCGAUCAGUUGGUGUAUCUCUGCCAAACAGAUAAGGAGGAAGUCCGAGAUGCUGCCAAACAAACACUCCUAGUUCUGGGUGAGGAGGGAAAGAUGGCUCACAGACACGUGGAGAUGUCUCAGGACAGCUUACCGAGGCUCUUUGCUCCAGGAAGCAUGGCCAGCACCGCUUUCUAACUGACACACACCAAAGCAGCAUUUUGUGAAUGUAGGUUGUUUUUACCCCUGAAUAUUUGUUUUGCUGCAUCCUGGUAGAAACACUUCAACAUGAUCAAUCAACUCUACACAACACUAACCAUCAUUCACAAACACAGAAACUCAUCAAACGGGUGCUAACUGAUCUGAGUCAGCAGGUUAAUCCGAGUCAGCAGGUCACUCCGAGUUACCAGGUCACUCCGAGUCAGCAGGACUGUAAUGAUGCUCAGAGAAUUGAGUCUCAUGUUAAGAUAUGCAAAGACAUCAUAAAAUGAUCUUUCCAGAACAGAAAAUGUUUAAAAUGUGUUUUUUGUUUUGUUAUUUAUGUCAAAGUGUCUUUCAUGUGACUGUCUGGGAGACUGUUUAGGACUGGUAACCCAAUGAACCAGCAGGAGCUGAUUUAUGAAAACCUCUCAGUUCGGAGACCUGCUGGCGUGAAUGCAGUGUAGAUGCUGCAGAACUGUGUGAUGCUGCAGAGCCGUGUAACAUGUUACAGAGCUGUGUGAUGCUGCAGAGCUGUGUGACAUGUUACAGAGCUGUGUGAUGUUGCAGAGCUGUGUGACAUGUUACAGAGCUGUGUAACAUGUUGCCGAGCUGUGUGAUGCUGCAGAGUUGUGUGAUAUGUUACAGAGCUGUGUGAUGCUUCAGAGCUGUGUGACAUGUUGCAGAGCUGUGUGACAUGUUACAGAGCUGUGUGACAUGUUACAGAGCUGUGUGAUGUUGCAGAGCUGUGUGACAUGUUGCAGAGCUGUGUGAUGCUGCAGAGCUGUGUGACAUGUUGCAGAGCUGUGUGACAUGUUACAGAGCUGUGUGAUGCUGCAGAGCUGUGUGACAUGUUACAGAGCUGUGUGAUGCUGCAGAGCUGUGUGACAUGUUGCAGAGCUGUGUGACAUGUUACAGAGCUGUGUGAUGCUGCAGAGCUGUGUGACAUGUUGCAGAGCUGUGUGACAUGUUACAGAGCUGUGUAACAUGUUGCCGAGCUGUGUGAUGCUGCAGAGCUGUGUGACAUGUUGCAUAGCAGUGUGACAUGUUGCAGAGCUGUGUGACAUGUUGCAUAGCAGUGUGACAUGUUGCAUAGCUGUGUGACAUGUUGCAUAGCAGUGUGACAUGUUGCGGAGCUGUGUGACGUGUUGGAGAGCUGUGUGACGUGUUGGAGAGCUGUGUAGCACGCUGCAGAGCUGUACAAACGCUCAUCACAGUUUUGCUUCUCUACAGUUGCUAACUGCAUCACUGCCUGAUGCUGAUCUGGAUUUUUGCCUCAUCACUGUGGUUGCCUGGUUUAUGAAUGUGCAACCAGGGUUUAGUCCUCUUCGGAAUAUUUUGAAGCCAAAUCCAGACUAACCCCAAAGAAAUAGUUUAGUUCUCAUGAUAUUCUUAUUAUUCUCCUGCUGCUGUCUGGAAUCUGCCUUAAGUUUACAGUAUUUGCAAACAUUAGUUGUCAUUCAUAGUUUUUACACACAAAGAAAAGCUUGAUUGUGAGAUCACAGAGCCACAUUGUGUGUUAUCAACACCUUUCAGUCUCUGAGGUGAUGUCUCUGUGGAGGACUGACAGCAGGAGUCGGUCUGCUAUAGGAUUUAUGAAUUCAGAGUUGGAGUCACGAAACUGAAAUCCUGCCAGCUGCACCUUGGGGCAGAAGAAGUCAACAUGCUCACACUGGAGGGCUACAAACUUUACUAGGAAAAUGUGUUUAUUUGUUUUAAAAAUGCAGAUAUUUGACAUGUGUUGAAUAAAGAUUGCUAAUGCUGCAAACAUCUGUCUGAGCCAAAGGAGUAAAAGAGUUUUAAAAUCAAUUUUUACUGAAUAUGAGGCUGUAGCAUCCAGACUUCAGGUAGCACUGCAGAGAAACUGCUAAAAAUAAGUCUGAAUCAGUUCAUCUCCAUGCAGAGCAGAACUUUGUAUAAAUCGGCUGGAUAUGUCACUGUGAAAUAUCUGCUUAUCCAAAAGGUAAAAAUGUCCAUUUUAACUUCUGCCUGCUUUAUGUUUAAUGUUGUUGCUAUGUUAGCAAGAGAUGAAAACAGAAGCUCUAAGUGAGAAUGAAGCUGCAGAUCUCUGCAGAGGAUGGUUUCAGCAGCUCAGUGCCAUUACUCUUUAAUAUGCUGUUAUUUUAUGGAAAUAUAAUGGAACGGUUUGCCUGUGCAAUUCAUUAUUCUGUUAUUUUAUUAGAGCACAAAUGUUCAUUUGUUUGUGGUUUUUUGCACCAGAUGGUUCACUGAAUAUUUACUGUCACAGACUAUGAGGUUCAGUCACUUCAUCAGCUUCAUCAUUUAAGAUCCUGAAUAAGAAGGAUUUUCAGUCUGGAGAUCAGAAACUGUCAGGAUGAUGAUAGUUUUACAUGUUAAAAGCCAUUUUCAACACUUCAGAAUGAUAAUAUAAAUCGGUGUAAAUAAUGGUCUCAGUAAAGCUACUGACCUUUUUUUUUUAUUAAACUCAUUAUUUUCAGCUAGCACUGAUUUUAUCUUGCACUUGCAAAUGCCACAGAUUUAUUAUAAUUAUGAUUUAAUAUUGUUUGGAACUAAAGAUGUAAUAACUUGUAAUGAUGAUGAUGAUGGUUCCUCAAUCCUUAAACAGGAUUUAUUUCUUUCUCCUAAUAAUAAAUAAUCGAUUAGAUAAUCCCUUUCCUUUGAGUUUGGGGAUUGUCAUUUUUCACAGCACAGUAGAUUUAUAUAUAUAUACGUGUGUGUGUGUUUUUCUGUCAGACAGCCAAUGGUUUGACGCAACAGAAGCUGGUGUUAAGUGUGAAUGACCAAACACACAUACACCGUUCACAUAGUGGUAACAUGACCACAUGUAUCACAGAACAAGAUCAUAAAAAGUACUGGAGCAUCAUGUCACCUGGCCAGGUGUCAGCACCAUCCCUGACUAUGCCAAACUGUCUCAGAUCGUACAGAAUAAACUAUAAAACCAGCUGUUUUAAAGUUGCAGCACUUCAGCAGGAACAGACAGAAUGCUGACAGAAAACAAUAUGGACUCCAAGGCUGCAGUGAAGAUGAAGCUCAGCUCCUAAUAAAUAAUGUGCCAACACUUCUCGCAACUCAGAUGCGGAAUUACUGAAGACAAUGAUAGAUGAUUCAAACAGCUAACAUUUUAGGUGAUGUUUCAACUGCUAGUGAUGAAGAGUGAUGAGACAACUCCUCAGCUGUAAGGUGUGUUUGGUGUGAAUGUUAGAACAAGAUGGAUCGUCACUGGAAUCUUUGUGUAUGUAAGGUUAUCACUCUAUUCUGUGCAUUUACCAUGAUUAUUUUGGCUUGAAUGGCAGAAAUCUGCAGCUAUACUUGUGCAUCCAUAUAGCAUCUCACAGGUUUUAAGUGCCUCAAAGAUUUUUUUUAAUCACAGAGCUGACAUAAGAUGAAAUAUUUUAUUUAAAAAUGGAGAGACUGUGAAGCGGUGGGGGGAAAAAUACUACAGCAUAUACUUUUUUUCCCACAAGCUUUAAUUGUGAAGCAUUGGAAACUUUUUUUUCCUGAGAUAUUUUCUGGCAUUCUUGUGUCAAAUGUAAAAAUAUAUAUAUUAAACAUUUGGUAAAAGAUUA